AUAUGUCUGUGUGUCUUUACAGAGAUCUUAUGAGCUCUGAGGUCAAAGAGGUGGGGGCAGUUGUUCCACAGACAAAGAGAAUGGUACCCCGAUUUGCUGGCAUCGCAGAGGCCUCCAUUGACCUGAGGGCUUUCUCUGUCUCAUUGGAGAGGCCAUUGGUCAGGUCUCGGGAAGCCAUGGCUCGCCUCCCCAACCUGUUCAGCAAGAGUAGCACCCAGCUGGGGGAGCAGAGCUGCACAGGCGAGGGCGAAGACAACACCAAGCUCCUCGGGUUGCCUAAUAUUGGCAACACCUGCUUCAUGAACUCUGCUCUGCAGUGCCUGCUGGGGCUGCCAGCAUUUUGCAGAGACAUCCUGAGACAGCAGGACAUCUGGAGUUCCUCCCCCUCCUCUAAACUGCUAUGCUGCUUUGCCGAGUUACAUCAGGCAAGGCUUUCUGGAGGCACUGUCAAUGCUAAGACAAAGGAAAAGAAGAAAAUCCUUCAAACAGUCAAGCGCUGUCUCUCCGUUUUCAAUGAGGACUAUGAGGACGACGAUGAACAGGAUGCCCAUGAAUGUGUGUUGCUCCUCCUCUUUCAGCUGAAGGCGGAGGGUAUGGCAUUAAAGGGCUCACCAGAGCCGUACACCUGCCCCGUGAAGCAGUUAGAAUUCAAGCUGAAGACUUCCCGUACCUGCACCAGCUGUGGAGUUAUAGUGUAUGGUCAGGAGGAUUACAAUCACUUGUCACUGAGCCUGAGCCAUUACCUGACACACAGCCUGGACCUCUACUUUAAGCCAUCUGCGUUAGAGUGUGCAUGCAGGGUGUGCUCAGGCAGCAUGGCAUCUGUGACUAGGCACUUCCUCACGCUGCCACGGGUCCUAAUGCUUCAUAUCAAGCGAUUUACUGCAGGCAACUGGGAGCCAGAGAAGGUGGAUGAUCCCAUGUCCAUCCCUGCAGAAAUCACCCUCCCAGCCAUAUGUGGGGAGACAGCCAAUGUCCAGCAUGGAGCCAGGGCAAGCUCCCUGGGGAAAAACAACAUGGACAGCACACCUGCAAACUCCCCAAAAGGCACCCUUGAUAGACCAGAGACACCAGCCAGACAAGAUCUACAAAUUGUCAAGUGUAAUCUCACAUCUGGGAGACAACAUGUAUACAGGCCACUACAUCAGUGAUGUUUUGGACAGCCGUGGCAGUGGGUGGCUCUGCCUGGAUGACGCACAUGUCUUGAGAACAGAUGAGGCCACUGUGCUGAGGGCGAUUGCACAGACUGCCUACAUCCUGUUCUAUGUCUGCAGUGGAGCAGGUGAAGGAGACCAGGCACCUCACUACCAGGAAAAGCACCAGGAGAACCCAUCAUUAAACUCAGGGAGAGGCACAGCUCUCAGGGACCACCUGGAGUAGCACCUACCACACACCAAGAAAUAUCAGAUUAAUCAAAUUAGGCUGCCCAACACCACCAUCAACUGCCCUAGACCACCAUCAACUGCCCUAGACCACCAUCAAGCUGCCCUAGACCACCAUCAGGCUGCCCUAGACCACCAUCAGGCUGCCCUAGACCACCAUCAGGCUGCCCUAGACCACCAUCAGGCUACCCUAGACCACCAUCAGGCUACCCUAGACCACAAUCAAGCUGCCCUAGACCACAAUCAAGCUGCCCUAGACCACCAUCAAGCUGCCCUAGGCCACCAUCAACCUGCCCUACACCACCAUCAGACUAUCCUAGACCACCAGGACAUCAGGCUGCCCUAGACCACCAGGAAAUCAGGCUGCCCUAGACCACCAAGACACCAGGCUGCCCUAGACCACCAGGACACCAGGCUGCCCAAGACCACCAGGACAUCAGGCUGCCCUAGACCACCAGGACAUCAGGCUGCCCUAGACCACCAGGACAUCAGGCUGCCCUAGCCCAAUAGGACAUCAGGCUGCCCUAGACCACCAAGACACCAGGCUGCCCUAGACCACCAGGACAUCAGGCUGCCCUAGACCACCAGGACAUAAGGCUGCCCUAGAACACCAGGACAUCAGGCUGCCCUAGACCACAAAGACACCAGGCUGCCCAAGACCACCAGGACACCAGGCUGCCCAAGACCACCAGGACACCAGGCUGCCCUAGACCACCAGGACAUCAGGCUGCCCUAGACCACCAGGACAUCAGGCUGCCCUAGACCACAAAGACACCAGGCUGCCCUAGACCACCAGGACACCAGGCUGCCCUAGACCACCAGGACAUCAGGCUGCCCUAGACCACCAGGACAUCAGGCUGCCCUAGACCACCAGGACAUCAGGCUGCCCUAGACCACCAGGACAUCAGGCUGCCCUAGACCACCAGAAGAAACAGCCUACACCACAAAGCAUGUACCCACUCUAGGCCAUCUACUGUAUGUUUACAAUUGUAUAAAUAUUAAACAUCUCACUGACCUAGUGCAAUUAAUUUUCCUUUACUGUACAUGGUAGUUAAUAAAUGUACCUGCAUUGCAUUCAGAAAGUAUUCAGAUCUCUUGACUUUUUCCACAUUUUGUUAAGUUACAGCCUUAUUCUAAAAUGGAUUAAAUUGUUUUUUUCUUCUUCUCAUCAAUCUACCCCAUGACAGCAAAAACAGGUUUUUCUGAAUUUUUUGCAAAUUUAUAAAGAAAACAAAAAGCUGAACUAUCACAUUUACAUAAGUAUUCAGACCCUUUACUCAGUACUUUGUUGAAGCACCUUUGGCAGCGAUUACAGCCUCGAGUCUUCUUGCGUAUGACGCUACAAGCUUAGCACACCUGUAUUUGGGGAGUUUCUCCCAUUCUUCUCUGCAGAUCCUCUCAAGCUCUGUCAGGUUGGAUGGGGAGCAUCGCUGCACAGCUAUUUUCAGGUCUCCAGAGAUGUUCAAUCAGGUUCUAGUCCGGGCUCUGGCUGGGCCACUCAAGGACAUUCAGAGACUUGUCCCCAAGCCAACCCUGCGUUGUCUUGGCUGUGUGCUUAUGGUCGUUGUCCUGUGGGAAGGUGACCCCUUCGCCCCAGUCUGAGAUCCUGAAUGCUCUGGAGCUGGUUUUCAUCAAGCAUCUCUCUGUACUUUGUGCCGUUCAUCUUUCCCUCGAUUCUGACUAGUCUACCAGUCCCUGCUGCUGAAAAACAUCCCCACAGCAUGAUGCUGUCACCACUAUGCUUCACCGUAGAAAUGAUGCCAGGUUUCCUCCAGAUGUGACGCUUGGCAUUCAGGCCAAAGAGUUCAAUCUUGGUUUCAUCAGACCAGAGAAUCUUGUUUCUCAUGAUCUGAGAGUCUUUAGGGGGCUUUUGGCAAACUCCAAGCCUGCUGUCAUGUGCCUUUUACUGAGAAGUGGCUUCCGUCUGGCCACUCUACCAUAAAGACCCGAUUGGUGGAGUGCUGCAGAGAUGGUUGUCCUUCUGGAGGGUUCUCUAAUCUCCACAGAGAAACUCUGGAGCUCUGUCAGAGUGACCAUCAGGUUCUUGUUCACCUCCCUGACCAAAGCCCUUCUCACCUGAUUGCUCAGUUUGGCCAGGCGGCCAGCUCUAGGAGUCUUUGAGGUUCCAAACUUCUUCCAUUUAGGAACGAUGGAGGACAUUUCCUUUGACCUCAUGGCUUGGUUUUUGUUCUGACAUGGACUAUCAACUGCGGAACCUUAUAUAGACAGGUGUGUACCUUUCCAAAUCAUGUACAAGUAUUUCUGUUUUUUAUUUUGUAUACAUUUGCUAGAAUGUCUAAAAACCUGUCUUCACUUUGUCAUUAUGGGGUAUUGUGUGUAGAUCGAUGAGGAUGUUUUAUUUUUUUAAUCCAUUUUGAAUAAGGCUGUAACGUAACAAAAUGUGGAAAAAGUCAAGGGGUGUGAAUACUUUCCUAAUGCACUGUAUAAGAGGCAAUCUCUAUCAUUCAUUCAUGUUGGGUAAAAAGUGGAAAAAGUUAAUAUUACAACAAUAUUGUGUAUCUACGCACUCCCUCGGAGUUGUAAUGUAACCACAAAUACAAUGAAGUAAUGGAACAAUGAAUGGCAAUGUAACAUAGACCAUACAUCACAUAUCAGUUUGGAAGACAGUCUUGACCCACAACUACUGUGGGAAAGACUAAGAGGACAUCAACGUGUUGCACAAAAAAUACAAAAUAUUUUUCUAUAAUGGAUAUGUUUAUUGGUCUUUUACAACAAUAACAAAAAAAGGCUAGAAAUACAGGAAUACAAGAAAUAAAAGGAGAUGAUGAAUACCUGGUCGUCAACAGCCAGUCCACUAAUAAUAACAAUCUUCAGGAUGUUAAAGCUUUGAACCCAUUGAAAUCCUACUUUCUGCCUGGCAGACAAGGCUCCAUAAAUCAUUCUGUUAUAACACUGGUUCACACCAACACGAUGGGAGAGGUGCUUAUGGUAUAUGACACUAAAGCUAUAAAACUGGUUCAAACACUAUACACUUUUCCCCCCUCAUGUCUUUAUUGAGAAGUGUCUUUCAAAAGAAACAGAUAAACCUUUUUUCCCCACAAUUUGUUAUGGUUUAAAAUUAAUAAAGGCCUCAUAUGUAUUUACUAAUUUACAAAAUUGUAAUUUAUGUUUAACAAUCAAGGCAUCAACAAGUGUGCAUAUUCAAAUUGAUCGAUUGCUCUACCCUGAACCACUGAAUUAAAACCAACUCUCUAACACUCAAUAAAACUUCAAUAAA